AUGGCAACCACGGAUGCACCUACCACUCUGGCCCCCGAUGAGUGUGUCCCAUCAGAACACUCAUUCCACCGUGCCCUCAGAGCCACCUAUAUCGGCCUCGACUUCUUACUAACUCUCCUGGGCAACGUGUUGACUAUUGUGGUCACGAGGAAGGUGGAAGAGUUUUCGGACAGCACGAAGGUGAUCAUCACUUCUCUUGCUGUAGCUGACCUGGGUGUGGCAUUCGUCGCUGCCACGUCGUUACCUGUCGAGAUAUUAGGAAAGUGGAUUUUCCCGGAGUGGGUAUGUGCAGCUUCGUUCAUAACUUUCUACAUUUUUACCACUGUUUCGGUAAUGAUGGUUAUCGUGAUGACUUUUGAUCGAUUAGUGGCCAUCGUAAGACCGCUCCGUUAUGCGUUAAUUUUACCAAAGCAUAGGAGCGUGAUUGCUGUAGUGAUAGUAUGGUUAGCGUGUACCGGGGGCGGCAUGUAUACCACUUUUACCAACAACAUUGUUUACAACAGAUGUUCUGCAGUUUGCAUGACGACGGGGAGGAACAUCGUCGCGAGCAUCGUGUCUGUCUUGCUAUUUUACGUAAUACCUCUUGCUCUCAUCAUGAUGAUGAACGUCAAAAUUCUUCUGAUCGCUCGGCAGCACGCAAGACACAUCGGACGGCCUGCCGUUACCAUCACGUCAACCGAUGACGCCGGUCAACCAACAAUUUUGCGACGACCACGCAGUGUCAAAGGCAAAGCUGUCGGUGUCAUUUCACUGGUGACUGUCGCAUUUGCCGUCAGCUGGUCGGUUUACCAGGCGAAACUCCUGCACGGGUCAGUGUCCGGCAGCAGCGAUGCUUUUGAUGAGUGGCUGGAAUUUUCCGCGAUUUGGCUGGGACUGACCAACAGUUGGUGGAAUGUCAUCAUCUACUCGGUCAUGAACCGAAGUUUUCGAAGGCACACCCGGUCUGUCUUAUUUGGCUGUUGCCCGAGGUGUCCACGUCCGUCUGAAAUCAUCCCAAUUGAGACCGUUUCGGUUAACCUUAGAUCCAACCCUCCAGGAUAA